GUGACAGCUGCUAGAGACAAACUAUGUAGACAAACUAAAAGGCUUCGCGUUAGUUUGACCACGCUGGUGUCUUUUUUUAUUGUUAUGAUGGGGCCAGACGCGUGUAACUGCUGCUAUAAGGAGCCAUGUGUUCAAGCGAAGGACAAACUCGAAGGACAUUUAAAUCUGCUUUCAGAUGGUUAAAUGAAGAUAAACCCUGUCACCAGAAUGAUCAAACGCACAUUUCUUGCAGCCGGACGUGCCCUCUCUCCCGGUCUGCGAUUCUUCUCACUGGGAGAAAUAACUGAAGACGUGUCUGAAAGGGCAGCCUCUCCAUGUCUCACAAAGCAGGCGUCUCUCUAUGUUCACUGGCCUUACUGCCUCAGGAGGUGCACCUACUGCAACUUUAACAAGUAUAUACCCAGAGAGAACAAUUAUCACAUCCUGACUGACUGCCUUCAGCGGGAGACAGAGACGUUGCUGCAGCUCAGUCAGGUAUCCAGCAUCACCUCUGUAUUUUUUGGGGGUGGGACUCCAAGCCUGGCACACCCAUCAACCAUCACUGCGAUUCUUGAGACUGUUUCCAGGCAGGUGAAUCUAUCAGAUAAGGCUGAGGUCUCACUUGAGGUAAACCCUACUCCUGUGGGAAUGUCAAAGUUAGAGGAUUACUGCCGUGCUGGGGUGAACCGUUUCUCCGUUGGAGUCCAGUCUUUGCAGGAUGAUGAUCUGAAAAUUCUGGGAAGAGACCACAGUUCUCAUCAGGCUUUGCAAACCAUUGAAGAGGCUCGGAGGCUGUGCCCAGGGAGGGUGUCGGUGGACGUCAUGUUUGGACGCCCCAAGCAGAGUGUUGAGUCCUGGGAGAAUGAGUUGUCUGAGCUGCUGAAGGUGUGUGAUGACCAUGUGUCUCUGUACCAGCUGACCCUUGAGCGAGGCACCCAGCUGUUUAAACAGGUAGAACAAGGGGAAGUGACCGUGCCAGUUGAUGAUGUGACGGCAGAGAUGUACCGGUGUGCCAGGAGGACUCUCCACCAGAAUGGCUUUCUGCAGUAUGAAGUGUCAAACUUUGCAAGAAAUAACGCUGUGAGUCAUCACAAUAUGAGCUACUGGAGGGGAAGACAGUACAUCGGUGUCGGCCCAGGGGCACACGGGCGGUUUGUUCCUUUGGGGGAGGGAGGUGUUGUUCGGGAGGCGCGGACCCAGACUCUCGAGCCUGACAUGUGGAUCCGUGAAGUCCAACAGAGGGGACAUGGGACACGGAGGAGGAUUCCGCUCAGCCACCAUGAACUGUAUUUGUUUUUCAGAUUGGAGGAGGUGUUGGUGAUGGGAAUGAGAAUGGCAGAGGGCAUUAAUCACAAGCAUUGGGAGAUGUUUAGCCCUGAUCUCGGCCUCCAUGAAGUCUUCGGUACAUCCACUGAUGUCCAAGAGUUGCUACAGAGUGGAAAGCUGAUUCUUGAUGACAGAAGUCUGCGCUGCUCCUGGGACGGACUGGCCUUACUUGACAGCAUACUGCCAGCUCUAAUGGUGGAACUAGAAACACAGAUCCUCCAGAGACCACAAAGGGACCACAGUGCUGAUGGACAAACACAGAAGACCUCCAACUCACAAUAACAGCAAUGUUAAUAGAGCAGAUAACUUUGGAGAAAGCUUGUUUGUGGGUUAAGCUGGUAGGAUGUGUAAAAACAUCCUGCGAUUGAUUAGUGAAAUCUGUCUAGUGUGUCUAAUUUAUGUUUAAUCCUGCAAUAUUCCUUCCUUAAUUAAAGCUAAGCCAUUUUUCACAUUGAAUUCAUUUAGUAUUUCCUUCUAUUUGUUGCUUUGCUGUUUGGCUGUAAUGACUCAAACCACCACAACCUGACCAGUGUAAUUACCGCUGCUGCAGAAACAUUUUUAAAAACUUUUUACUGUCAUCUAAACAUAAUUAUUACUCUUUUGUCACACAAGUCUUUUUUUGAUAUAACUGCCUUGUGUGUGGCUGUUUUGAGAAUAUAUGUGAAUUUUGCUACAUUUGUAAAUAUACCUGCUGAAUAAAUGAA